AAUCUUUGGCGCUGAACAAACUACAUAGCAACAGACAUGUGCUAAUCGUAGGUUGAAGCUGUGAGGAGAAUGAAAGUGGCAUCAGAUUGUGCUUUCAAAUGGCACAGUGUAGAAAGAACUUACUGCCAAACAUGACUGCACCCAUCACACAAAACUGCACUGAUACUGAGGAACCAAACCAACCAAAGAUCAACAGACUAAAGCGAGCAAAGAGAACUGUGAGGUCUGCUAGAGAACAUCCAUCAGUUAUCAGCACUGAAUCUGAUCUUUCAUCUGAUCCAAUAUUUAACUGUGAAAAAACCUGUUCAACAUUCAGCCCUGAUGACCAAAAGUUCUCCUCAAGUGCACAGCCAUACACCAGAUCUCAGAGCAAAGCUGGUGCACACGAUUCAGCCCCAAAACCUGAAGAGCUCAAGCUGAAGGGAUCUUUAAAACAAACCAAACUUCAAAUAAAGUCAGAAACGAUCACCAGUCAUGAUGGACAUCUUCAGAAAUGGCGACGCCCAAGCGAGAACCUGAACACAUCAGAAAAUCUUGACAGGUUCCAGAUCAGAAUGAGCAGCAGUAACAGACUGAACAGUAGCCGCAGAAAGAAACAGCACACACCUCCAGCUAAUGCAGCUGUGCACAGAAUGCAGCAGGACAAGAACAACACGACUGGAGAUGAUGGGGCUGGAGAUGAUGGGACUGGAGCUGAUGGGACUGGAGCUGAUGGGACUGGAGCUGAUGGGACUGGAGAUGAUGGGACUGGAGAUGAUGGGACUGGAGAUGAUGGGACUGGAGAAGACUUGAUCGGGGAUGAAGUGCCCUGGACAGAGAAAUACCGGCCACGCUGCUCUGACCAGGUUAUCGGUAAUUCAGCCGCAGUGAAGAAAUUGUACAGCUGGCUGAAGGAGUGGAGGAUGAGAGCAGAUGUGGAAGAGAGAAGAAGAAGAUGUGAAGAGCGCAGGAUGCAGGAAAAAAACAGCGGAUCUUGGGAUUGUGGUGAUUUCAAAGGGGACCCGAUGACAGAGGAGUUGUGUAACACAGUAUUGAUUCAUGGUCCUACAGGCGUGGGAAAAACUGCUGCGGUGUAUGCCUGCUCUCAGGAACUGGGAUUCAGGAUAUUUGAAGUAAACAGCUCGUCCCUGCGUAGCGGCCAGCUCGUCCUGUCUCAGCUGAAAGAGUGCACUCAGAGUCACCAGGUGGGGGCGCCACACUCUUCCUGUACCACACACAAACCUUCUGCAACCUUGCGCAAGACAGCUCCACGAAAAGUCAAGACCUCCUCCAAAAAAACAUCAGCGAACUUCCAAAGAAAGAAACGUGCUGCUCCACCAUCUAUCACCCUAAAACAUUUCUAUAGGAAAAUUGAAAAGCCCAUCAGCACCCACACUGAUCUUCCACAAGGAGUUUCUGGGGUCUCACUGACUGAGUCUGAAACUACAGAAGAGCCAUUAUUUACCAGUAAAGACUUUUCAUCAGAGAAAGAGGACAGAAAAGCUGCAAUAUCACUCAUACUGUUUGAGGAGGUUGAUGUGAUCUUUGAUGAUGAUGUGGGCUUUUUCUCAGCUAUAAGGACUCUAAUGAGCACCAGCAAGAGACCCAUCAUUCUCACCGCCAACGAUCCCACGGUUGGUCAGUCAUUUCAAGAUCAUUUGGAGGAAAUCAGGUUCAAAACUCCUACAAUGGAGAGUGUGGUAAACUACCUGCAGUGGUUGUGUGCGGUAGAGGGUGUGAAACCUGACCCAGAGCACAUUAGCUUUUUGCUACAGAAGAAUAAAGGAGACGUGAGGCGCAGCAUUUUCAAACUGGAGCUGUGGGUGCGUGGUGGAGGAGGAAACACACAGUGUCAACUUCACAAGAACACACCGGCUUGUCGUUCCUAUGCCGAGCUGCAGAGCAGUGGAUGUGUGCAGGUUCUGGUGGAGAGUUGGAGAACAGGCCAGAGCUUACUUUACUCAAACCUGGAGCUUCUUUUAGCCCCAGCCACUUCUCAUACCUCAGCUCAAAGCACAUUUGAUCACAGAGCACACUGCACCAAAUUCCUGAAUAAUCCUGCAGUUUCUUCCAGCCCUGAUCUCCACAAGUUGAAACUAAGGAGACUUUCUCGAUCGAGAGUGAAAACGAUACACAUUGAUGAAAAAUCGAAACGCACGCACAAAUCAGUCGCCGACUGGUCAGAGCUGGACUCUCUGGCAAAGUUUUUUAACUCCAUGUCGUUCUUGGACUCACAUCUUUCCCAGAAGGUCUCAGAUGUGUGUAAAUCUGGACUUUUCGGGGCCAGAGUUUCAGACUCCUUUCUGGACGAGCUGAGCGAGGACGAGGUUUGGACAGCUGACAUGGAGAGAUGGUACGAGAUCCAGGCUGUGGUGGAGGGUUUGGGGUUCUGCACGUGCAGAACAGAGAUGUAUGAGAUGAAGAGAUGUCAGGGGGAAAUGAAAGGACAGAGAAUGGAAGAGCUAAAUGCUUCUGUUGGACACACAACAUGGAAUUCUGGUGUCCAGGAGACUCGAGACACUGUACACAAAGUGCUGAACAGUAGAGCUUUCCGAUAUAACGGUAAUAAGACUGCUGUAGUUACGGAUUACCUGCCCACCCUGCACUUCAUCUGCAGAGCGGAACGCAUGAAGUCCCAGCAUAAACUCAGAUUUCCUCACUACCUCAAGGACAUCGGCUUAUGUUUACCUAAGAGCACUCUCAGCCUUUUAGCGGCAGAGCUACGGUGAUAUACGGCACACUCAAUCAAUCAUGUCAUAUCCUGUGUCCACAAGUCUUACAGCAGUGUGUUGUGGAAGCAACCUAGUGUCAGAUUCUCAAGCGGAAACAUUGUGUCAUACAAUAAACAAUGUAAAAUAAAAAUGUGUA